GACCCGAAGUGGAGACCUCCGCUUUUUAUCGUAUCAACGAUAUUCGACGACAAAGAUCGGUACGACAGGGAACGGAAAACAACGAUGAGUGACGAAGCACUGGACUUUUCUUUCUUGUCUUGCUACACAUUAUAUUCACUUAUACCGGACGCGUUUUAUUUGUUCUCAUACUGUUGUAUCUAUGAUAAAGGCUGUGUUAUGCAAGAUGCCGCCGAAUCGUGGCGUCCAGCUGUUUUAGGACCCGAAGUGGGGACCUCCGCUUUUUAUCGUAUCAACGAUAUUCGACGACAAAGAUCGGUACGACAGGGAAUGGAAAACAACGAUGAGUGA